AAUAAAUCAAUCCUCAACCCUCAGCAUGACUAGUAUCUGGCGUCGCAAACGUAAAUCUGCCGCCGGGCCUUCUUUCCCGCAGAUCAUGCGGCUGUGGCGGUACUUGACUUACAACCCAUUCCCCAGCAGUCCCCAACGCCUCCCGGAAGACGUCAUGUACGUCCUCUUAGGACACGUCGGCGCCACCUUUGUGCGCGUCUCCCGCUCCUUCCACAAGAGACUCAUUCCCUUCCUUUACACAUCGCCGACGCUUACCCAAUGGAAUAUUUUCGGCUUCUUCUACCCGCUCUGCUUUUAUGACCACACAAUCCACAAAAUGGAUGACGAUGAGAGGGAACGAUGGUGGCAAGGAGACCUAGCGGACAAAAAGUCGGCAGUUGCGAGAAGGCUGGCUAUGCCGGGACAUGUGCAGCGCGUCAGCUUUGAGGAUCAUGUCGCUGCAAGGUUAUGCGGGUUCGCGCUCUCUGGGUUUCUUGCCCAGGGUCUUGACAGCCCGCCCAUGAAAUGGUACGGGCACACAUCCAGCAGCCAAGACCACUCUUCUCCUGCCCGGCGCCUCCUCUUCUAUGGCCGCGCUCUCACCAUCGUGCACCUCUCCCACAAGUUUUUAGGAGGCUUAGUAUGGUCCGACUUGCAUGACCACGAUCGACGGGUCCAGAUAUUUGAAUCGAUGCUGGGGCCUUUUGGGGCGCUGUCAAUCCAACAGCCAGAAUAUUUACGGGGACCGGAUGGGUUUCAUUACUUGUACGUGCCAAUUUAUCUGGCACCAAUCUGCCAAAGGGUUAAGCCCCUCUUGCUGGUGAUCAACGACUACAACAAUAUCAACCUCGCCAGGAUACUGUCUCCCUCCCAACGCGGUAUUGCCAUUCGCCUCGGGGGCAGUACGGUCUCUUGGUCGAUUGCACAAACGGAUGAAGUUGUCGAGUUCUUGUCACAGCACAUGAAACUCACGCGCGAGCCCCUCUUCUACAUCAUAUAUAACUUUUUGAUGGAUGAGGCGAGCUACGACCACUCUAACGGCGAACGAGUCAGAAACUUGAUCCUCAACCGUGCUUUCGAGGCGGCCUCCCAAUCGCCUCAAGAGAGGAUCGUGAGGCUGGAGGUCAUAAUGCAAAGCCCUCAGUCGGAUACUGUUACGGCAGAGAGGAUGAGGUAUGAUCUAGUUGAGCUGAUGAAGAAAGGUUGAGGGACAGAUUGUAGCUUCGGGGCGACCACGGGUAUCUUGUUGACUGAUAAGGGCAGUUAGUCUAUCAACUCCAUCUACUUGAUAUAACACUAUGCUAGCUGUAUGGAAGGUUCUGAUAUGUUCUUAUAUACCUGGCUUCGCAUACCCUACUGUGC